GCAGGAGUUAGGGCAGCGCUUCCCGUAGCAGCGGUGAGCUCCCACCAAACAUGUCGGCUCCCGCCGGGCCCCGGGGCGGCCCCGCUCCUCCUCAGCCUCCUCCGUCUUCUCAGCCCGAGAUGCCCGACCUCAGCCACCUCACGGAGGAAGAACGGAAGAUCAUUCUGGCCGUCAUGGACCGCCAGAAGAAGGAAGAGGAGAAGGAGCAAUCCGUGCUCAAAAAAUUACAUCAGCAGUUUGAAAUGUACAAGGAGCAAGUGAAGAAGAUGGGUGAAGAAUCACAGCAGCAGCAGGAGCAGAAGGGUGAUGCCCCAACCUGUGGCAUCUGCCACAAAACCAAAUUUGCCGAUGGCUGUGGCCAUAACUGUUCAUAUUGCCAAACUAAGUUCUGUGCCCGCUGCGGAGGAAGAGUGUCCUUACGGUCAAAUAAGGUGAUGUGGGUAUGUAACUUGUGCCGAAAACAACAAGAAAUCCUCACCAAAUCAGGAGCUUGGUUUUAUAACAGUGGAUCAAGUGCACCGCAGCAGCCUGACCAAGAAGGUGUUAGAGGUCUGCGGAACGAGGAAGCCCCCCAAGAGAAAAAAGCAAAGCUGCAGGAGCAUUCACAGUACCAAGGACCUCCAGGUGAUGUAUCCACACAAGCUUUGGACAAAAACAGACCUCAAGGGCUCACAAGACAAGACUCAAUUAAGAAUGGCUCAGGAGUAAAGCAUCAAGUUACAAGCGAUGCAACGUCGGACAGGAAAAGAAGCCCAUCAAUAUCAAGGGAGCAGAACAGAAGGUACGACCAAAGGGACGAGCGAGACGAAUACUCACAGUAUGCGCCAUCAGACAGUGCGAUGCCCAGGUCACCCUCAGAUUAUUCAGACAGGCGGUCACAGCGCGGGCCCCAGUUAUAUGAAGAACCUGAACUGGGUGACUAUAGAGAUUCCAACAGGAGGAGUCGCAGGCGUUCCAAGGAGUAUCCGGUAGAAGAGGAAGAUGCACAAAGUAGGGAAGAAUAUGAAAGGCAGCGGAGGGAAGAGGAAUACCAGGCGCGGUACCGAAGUGAUCCUAACUUGGCUCGUUACCCGGUCAAGCCACAGCCGUACGAGGAACAAAUGCGGAUCCACGCCGAGGUGUCCCGAGCGCGGCACGAACGGAGACACAGCGACGUCUCCUUGGCUAAUACUGAGCUGGAAGAUUCCCGAAUGUCCAUGAUGAGGAUGGAACGGCCAUCGAGACAAAGGUCAGUGUCCGAGCGCAGGGCUGCUAUGGAAAACCAACGGUCAUACUCUAUGGAAAGAACUCGAGAGGCUCAGGGACCGAGUCCCAAUCGCCAGAGGACCACAAAUCACAGCCCUCCUACACCUAGGAGGAGUCCAAUUCCUCUGGAAAGACCAGACAUGAGGCGCUCUGAUUCACUAAGGAAGCAACACCAUUUGGAUCCUAACUCUGCUGUGCGGAAAACGAAACGUGAAAAGAUGGAGACCAUGUUACGGAACGAUUCGCUCAGCUCAGACCAGUCUGAGUCUGUCAGACCGCCGCCACCAAAGCCCCAUAAAACGAAAAAGGGAGGUAAAAUGCGCCAGGUUUCAUUAAGUAGCUCAGAAGAGGAACUGGCAUCCACUCCAGAGUACACGAGUUGUGAUGACGUGGAGAUCGAAAGCGAAAGUGUCAGUGAAAAAGGGGACAGUCAAAGGGGAAAAAGGAAAACUAGUGAGCAGGCAGUUCUGUCGGAUUCUAACACCUUAUCCGAGAGGCAAAAGAAAAUGGUGUGCUUUGGUGGCCACUCUUUGGAAGAGGACUUGGAAUGGUCUGAGCCUCAGAUAAAAGACUCUGGGGUAGAUACCUGUAGUAGCACAACUCUAAACGAGGAACAUAGCCAUAGCGAGAAGCAUCCAGUGACUUGGCAACCAUCCAAAGACGGAGACCGCCUCAUCGGUCGGAUUUUGUUAAACAAACGACUCAAAGAUGGAAGUGUGCCUAGAGACUCAGGAGCAAUGCUUGGAUUGAAGGUAGUAGGAGGAAAGAUGACUGAAUCAGGUCGGCUCUGCGCGUUUAUCACCAAAGUUAAAAAAGGAAGCUUAGCCGAUACCGUGGGGCAUCUUAGACCAGGUGAUGAAGUUUUAGAAUGGAAUGGGAGAAUACUACAAGGAGCCACCUUUGAGGAGGUGUAUAACAUCAUUUUAGAAUCUAAGCCUGAGCCACAAGUGGAGCUUGUUGUUUCAAGACCAAUAGGGGACAUUCCCAGAAUUCCUGACAGCACACAUGCACAGCUGGAGUCCAGUUCUAGUUCAUUUGAAUCUCAAAAAAUGGACCGACCUUCUAUUUCAGUGACUUCUCCUAUGAGUCCUGGCAUGCUAAGGGAUGUUCCACAGUUCUUGUCUGGACAACUUUCAAGCCAAAGCCUUAGUAGAAGAACAACGCCUUUUGUUCCUAGGGUUCAGAUAAAACUGUGGUAUGACAAGGUUGGUCAUCAGCUAAUAGUGACAAUAUUGGGAGCGAAGGAUCUUCCUUCAAGGGAAGAUGGGAGGCCAAGGAAUCCUUAUGUUAAAAUUUACUUUCUUCCAGACAGAAGUGAUAAAAAUAAGAGAAGAACAAAAACAGUGAAGAAAACAUUGGAACCUAAGUGGAAUCAGACAUUCAUUUAUUCUCCAGUUCAUCGGAGAGAGUUUAGAGAACGAAUGUUAGAAAUUACUCUUUGGGACCAAGCACGAGUUCGAGAGGAAGAAAGUGAAUUUUUAGGAGAGAUUCUUAUUGAGUUAGAGACAGCAUUGCUAGAUGAUGAACCUCACUGGUACAAACUUCAAACCCAUGAUGUCUCUUCAUUGCCACUUCCCCAUCCCUCACCGUAUUUGCCACGCAGACAGCUCCACGGCGAGAGUCCCACACGGAGGUUACAAAAUAAAGGCUUAUAUUCAUAUAAUUCAGGGUCCAAAAGAAUCAGCGACAGCGAAGUCUCUGAUUAUGACUGUGAUGAUGGAAUUGGUGUUGUUUCAGAUUAUCGACACAAUGGGAGAGAUCUGCAGAGUUCCACGCUCUCGGUGCCAGAACAAGUUAUGUCAUCUAAUCAUUGCUCUCGGUCAGGGUCACCUCACCGCGGAGAUAGUAUAGGACGGACUAGAUCGUGGUCUCCCAGUGUCCCUCCCCCACAAAGUCGGAAUGUGGAUCAGGGACCACGAGGGACUCGAUCUACUCCUGCGCAUUACAAUGCCCUGAACCGAAUGGAUAGACACCGUGUUAUAGAUGACCACUACUCCCCGGACAGAGAGAGUCAUUAUGUCACUUUGCCUCGUUCCCGGUACACCCAGCCCACAGAUCACCAUUACAGGGAUGCCAGCCAGGAUCACACAAUGUAUCCUCUGUUUUGUGAAGAUGCAAUCAGAUUGCUUCGCUCCCGUAAGAUGUGCCGUACCUAUUCUGAGGGUGCUUACUAUGAUCUUGAGAGGAGGACUAGGCAGGAGAGAAGAGUGCCUAAUUCAUAUUAUGACGACACAACCUAUACUCCUGAAAGGUGGUACAAUGGUGCAAGUUCAUGGGCAGAUCAUGUAGUCAAUGGUUCAGCUGAAAACUAUGGCAAAGUUCCUAUAGCUAGUAGAAGAAUAAUAUGUCCAAGGAUUGAAAUCCAGCAGCCAUCCACAGACACUGACAGAAGCGAGACAGUGGAUGUUUUUGCUGAGGAAGCUUCCCAUUCAGAAACAGAACUGGUAGAAGAAGAAGUGAGGAAUUGUGAAGCAGCAGAUAGACAGCCAUAUCAAAGAUCCAGAUCAACAGAGCAACGUCCUAUGCUAGAGCGGACCAACUCCCGCUCCCGAUCCACAGAGCGUCCUGACUCAAACCUCAUCAGGUCGAUGCCUUCAUUAAUGACUGGAAGAUCUGCCCCUCCUUCACCUGCCUUACCGAGGUCACAUCCUCGAACCGGCUCUGUUCAGACAAGUCCAUCAAGCACUCCAGUAGUAGGGCGAAGGGGCAGGCAGUUACCACAGCUCCCACCCAAGGGCACACUGGAGAGAAACAAUGGAGACAAGGAGAUAGAAUCUUAUGAAGCAGGAGAUGAAGAAAGCAAGCAUACUGGAGUUCAGCAGUCAGAGGUUAAGGCAGAUUAUGAGGAAAAACACCAAACCCCACCAGUUAAUGGGCGAAAAGAAGUUACAUGGGAGGACCAGCAGAAAAAGUUGAAUGGUGCAAUAACUGAUGACAAACCAUUGCCGAAAAAGAAACCCCAUUCUGAGCCAGAAGAAGCGGAAUCAUCAAGGAGAAGAAACUCAGAAGAAAAGAAAGCAGAUCCAGAGAAUGGGGAUACAGGUGCCAUGGAUGUGGAAGAGAGGAGUCGGCAAGUGAAAAUGAGCAAGUACAAACAGGUAGCAGGAUCAGAUUCCAGGCUGGAACAAGAUUUUCAUUCUAAGUAUCGGUCAGGACGGGAUGCUCAGCGAGGCUCAGACAAUGUUUCCAAUAAGUCCUCAGACAGCGACGUCAGCGACGUCUCCGCCGUGUCACGGACGAGCAGUGCUUCGCGCUUCAGCAGCACCAGCUACAUGUCUGUCCAGUCAGAGAGACCAAGAGGAAACAAGAAAAUAAGGACAAAGGAUAUAGAGGGAAAAAAAGAGGGAGGGCUGGAAGGGGAUGAACAAAAUGGAGUAUUUCCUGAAGAGGAAGAAAAGGAGGAGGAGGAAAAAGCAGAGGAGCAAGAAAUUAAUGAAAAAGGGGAAGGGCAAGAGGUGACAGAGAACUGUGAUAAGGAGGAAAAUAAAGGAUCAGGGCAUGAUGAAAAAGCUCAAGAAGACCGAGCUGAGGAAGGGAAAGAGGAUGACAGUGUCUUUACAUCCAAAAUGCAAAGCAGACAGAUGGGCACCUCAGGAAAGAACAUGACUAAGAGCACCAGCAUCGGCGGGGACAUGUACACGCUGGAGAAGAACGAUGGCAGCCAGUCGGACACGGCCGUGGGCACCGUUGGUGGUGGCAGCAAAAAGAGGCGCUCCAGCAUCGGCGCGAAGAUGGUCGCCAUCGUGGGGCUCUCGCGGAAGAGCCGCAGCACAUCCCAGCUCAGCCAAACUGAAGCAGGAGGCAAGAAGCUGCGGAGCACUGUCCAGAGGAGCACUGAGACAGGACUGGCUGUGGAGAUGAGGAACUGGAUGACCCGCCAGGCCAGCCGCGAGUCCACGGACGGCAGCAUGAACAGCUACAGCUCCGAGGGAAAUUUGAUUUUCCCUGGUGUGAGGUUGGCUGCAGACAGCCAGUUCAGUGAUUUCCUGGAUGGACUUGGUCCUGCUCAGCUCGUAGGACGACAGACUUUGGCAACACCAUCAAUGGGAGAUAUCCAGGUGGGAAUGAUGGACAAGAAAGGACAACUGGAAGUAGAAAUAAUCCGAGCCCGUGGCCUUGUUGUAAAACCAGGUUCAAAGACACUGCCAGCACCAUACGUAAAGGUGUAUCUAUUAGAAAAUGGAGUCUGCAUAGCCAAAAAGAAAACAAAGGUAGCAAGAAAAACGCUGGAACCACUUUAUCAGCAACUCCUAUCCUUUGAAGAAAGCCCCCAAGGAAAAGUUUUACAGAUAAUUGUCUGGGGAGACUAUGGACGUAUGGAUCACAAAUCCUUUAUGGGAGUGGCACAGAUACUUUUAGAUGAACUGGACCUGUCCAACAUGGUGAUUGGGUGGUUCAAACUCUUCCCUCCUUCUUCCUUAGUAGACCCAACUUUAGCUCCUCUCACUAGAAGAGCUUCCCAAUCAUCUCUGGAAAGCUCAACAGGACCUUCGUAUGCUCGCUCAUAGCGGCUGUGAAACUGUUGUCAUAGCAACCAGCGUCACAAAACCCCAAUUACAGGUCGCAAACCCUGGUAACACUGCAUGCUAAAUGUUGUGUCUUCUGAGCCUGUUUCUAGGGCUGCAACGCGAUCCUGUGUUCUCAAGGAAGUCGCACACAUUGUGCCCUAUGGAAGGCCCUCAGGUGAAGGACUGAAGUCAUGAAGAACUGCUAGGUUUGGAGUUCAGAGACACUUGGUUUUGGUCAAAUCUGAAGCCAUGGACUAAACUCAAAGAAUCAAUCUGUUUCAUGCAACAAAAGUCCUUUUCAAUGGCAUAUCUGUUUUGUUGCUCCUGUUUCUUUAUUUAUCUGCCCUCCCUCCUCGAGCUUGGUUAUGCCACAGAAACGGAGUGCAACUCCUCUGAAGCCAUGUUACACGUCAGCGGGUUCGCGGGCGGCGGACGGGACAGCAGAACGCAAGGAU